UAAUAGCACCUGCUCGAUUCGGAGCUCGGUACAGUCGAGCGUCGAUCGUUCACAGCAGCGCACAGUGAUUCACUCAACUUUUGUGUUGUUUUUUUUUUCGUAAUUGUUGUUAAACUUUUUUCAAUACACAAUGAAUAAGGGACAAGGAGGACCACCACCGCCAGCUGGCUUUGUCUCGCCGCCACCCUACAGCCCCAACUACCCCACGCCGAUGCAAGAGACGCCCGUCGUCAUCGUCCAGCAGACGCAAUUCGGCCCGGAUCCGCAGUCCAUGCAGUGUCCCCACUGUCACAGCACCAUCACCACGCAGAUCCAGACGGAAGCCACCGGAAAGACCCACAUCAUCGCCCUGCUACUCUGCCUCUUCGGACUGUGUCCGUGCGCCGCCUGCGUCUACUGCAUGGACGGCUGUCAAGCCAAGAAGCAUUACUGCCCCGCCUGCCACCAAUACCUCGGAAUCUACGAUAACUAAACUGCGUGUGUGGAGGAGUAGAGAGAGAAGAAAAAAAACGUCUUCCGAGUAUUAUAAUCGACGUUGACAAUGUGACGUCGCGAUUGAAACCUAUAAAGACAUUUUUAUAACGGUUGUGUAUGCGCGACCAUCGUCGUUUUGUUUUUUUUUUUUUUACAUAUCACACAGUCCAGUUACUUUUUAACGCGCGUAUGACGAUAUACUGUACCUAUAUUUCACGACGAUGAUGAUGAUGAUGAUGAAUGUGAUAACAGAAGAAAAAUUGUCAUACGACUCUUUUGUAUUGUAAAGAUAUAAAUAAAAUAAUGUUUUUUUUUUUUUUUAAUGAUUACGUUGUGUAACGACAAUACAUAGAAACUAUAUUUAUGUAUUUCUUUUCUUGUUUUUUACGAUAUUAAUACAUGUUGUAAAGAAAGAUAUUAAUACAUGUUGUAAAGAAUA